AUGGCCAAUGCACGACGACGACGAAAACACGACGAAACGAAGGAACGUGAAGACAUCGUGGUUCCUGCAUUAUUAUCAUUCUACACCAAGAAGCAGGGACGCUCUGUUUCCAAGGAGAACGUAUUUCCAAGCCGUCCUUCUUGGGAAUCGAUUGAAAAUGGUAACGGGAAGCCGCCAAGGUCAUCCAAUGACAACAAAGGCUAUCAUGGCAUGAUGAUAGCCGAGUCAAGAGAAGACUCCUCCUUUGCAGGAUCAUCCAUUGUCUCUCGGGAAGUAUCUCUUUUGGACAGAGAGGCCCCACCAGAAGCGGCACCUGUCAAGCUUUCCUCAUCACCCGAAGCUGGCCGACAAAAAGUCAUGGCCCACAAUCGAUCCUAUUUUGCAAAGAGUCGUCGUCGCAUUGCCAAUGAGAAUACUCCAGCACGAAGCAAGUUUGCCUUGCGCCCAAAGUCGAUUGUGCGCAAGUGGAAUCACUAUGCCGACAUGGAGGAACAGGGACUUGCUGCGUCUCCUCGCCAUUGUACCAAAUUGGCCAAGUCUCGUCUUCACAUGGAACUAUUGGCGGCCACCUCCUCUUUGGAUUCCAAUGACGAGGACGAAUCAUCCUUGGCGCCGUCUGUUACGAAAGUAGAAAAAGGAGGUACAUUGCCAUUCAUUCCAAAAUCUGGCACCAAUCGUGAGGUGCAAAAUGACAAUGAGGAGUACAAUUUUGCCGAGACCAAAGUUGGUCGUUUGAUGAAUCCGGCGGGAAACGGUACUUUGCCAUUCGUGCAAGAAUUAUCUUGCAUUGAUCGCGAGGUGCAAGGCGUCGACGCGAACGAGGCUCCUACCGAAAUACCGGUGAACUACAACCCUGCUUUGCCAGUUGAGCCUUUUGACCAACAAGAUGAUGGCUUUCAACAUAUCACCGAGACUGGCUUUCCUGCCAC